CUUUUGAGGGAGUAGGGAGAGGGGGAAGAUUGUCUUUAUAUGGCUCUAUUCCUCCAGUGACACUCAUCUUAACUACCCCCAAAGUUAUUCCUAGAGAAGAUUUAACUGGGACAAGCUGGACCAGGGCGCCCAUUACAAACUUUGGUGCUCCAAGCUAGAGAGGUGGAGGGGAUAUCUGUGCCUCACCAGCCUUCCUGCUGAUGGGGUAAACUGAUGGUGAGCUCCCUCCCUCUCUGGUCCAGCCAGAGGAGGAAAUCCGAUCAAUUGUGAAUCUGUGCUGGCCCCAAGGAUUCAGGCCCAGACCUUCCCGUCAGAACCAAGGUGCCUAAAUCUCUGUGAGGAUCUGGGCCUGAGGGGCCCAUGGUGUUUAAGGCUCUGCUGCCAACCUGCAAUGUCUGUUCCUGUCCUCGUGUAGCCAAGAAAGCAACACCAAGUGAAGAGAAUUCAGCGCUGUGCCUGUGAAAACAGACCUAGCCGACCAGAGACCGGCCCUGAUCUGUGAAGUCAUGCAGCGCCGAAGCUUAAUCAAACGAGAAGAAGAGCGAAAGGAAAGUGUAUUCUCCGUGGUAAAAGCGGUGCUGAAAGUUCACAGCCAGACCCCUGAAAGAGUGGGCACAUGUAGCAAUCCUGGUACGUAACCAAGCAACUGUUCGAUGCCAUGUCACAGCGACCUGGCAACAGCUGCCCAAGGUGAUGGCACGAAGGGAAGGUUUGCUGCAUCUGAGGGGGAAAUGAAAGGAUUCGGAGCUGGGCGCACCUUGUUAAUUAGGAAAUGCAAACGGUAGAAAUAAACCUUCUUGCAGGGAUUUCAGAUCCAAUCAUUAGAACCAGUGCACCUAAACCGGCAGCAUCAGAUGCUGCGUGAGAAGACAACGAAAGGUGCAAGCAGAUCCCUGCACCUGCAUGAACCCCUGGGGGCAAUGUACUGGAUCAUGGCAGGAUCAUGGCCUCAGUGACUGAGUGACCAGAAAUCCUCCUAUGCCCACAGGGCUCCAGGGACACUGACCUGCUGAGCCCAGCUUUCUUUCCAUCUCAUCCCUAUGGGCUGUUUGUAGUUGUCUUUUGAACAGACAAGCGGAUCCAUCUUGCAGAUGAAGGAUCCAUGCAGGAUGGGACUGCAACUCCCACUGCUGCCCCCAACUGUCUGAUACCGCGGCAGGGAGGAAGGGUGGCUACUCCCUUGAAUGCUGCACUACAUGGUGGGCUUCUGGAGUCCCCUUAAUUAAUGAGCAAGCGAGCAGCUAAAAGUUCACCCUAUGACUUUGAUCCAGGUGUCAUUCAGGAAGACACACCAGAGAAUGAACUCCCCCCGCACGCCCCCGACAGACACCAGAGAUUAUUCCAUCAGCAUAGCAUAGUCAGCCACACAAUUCCACCUCUAUGCUCAAAGCGGCCCCUGGUGACUGAUCAACAUCUGCAUUGGAGGCGGCUGUUGCUCUGUGUUUCCAACCAAGCCACCCAGCUGGGGGGGGAAGUAAGAAGGAAUAGAAUCAGAUCAUGGCGACCAGAACUCAGAAGUUCAAAACAUUUGUGUCUGAGCCGAUGGGCGAUAAGGACGUUACAACAGUGGAUGGCAUUAACGACGAGCUUGGACUAAAAUUAGCCGCAAAGGGUUUUGACAAGGCAUACAUCCUUCUGGGCCAAUUCCUCCUGUUAAAAAAGGACCAUGCGGUUUUCCAAAGGUGGCUGAAAGGGGCAUAUGGAGCCAGUCCGAGCCAGGCUCAGCGGUGCGCCUCCUGUCUAAUGGACUGGUGCUAUGCUUUCCUCUAGGGAGCUGGCUGCUUAGCCCUCAUGGUGUGUUCUGCAGCGUGCAAUAAAG